AUGCAGACCCCCGUUGCUGUGGCUACCUUCUCUCGCUUCCCUCUCGCUUCUGCCCGCCACGUCUCCCGGCCCCUCUGCAGCUUGGGAAAGCAGCGGAGAAAGAAGAGCUUCAGAGAGGGCUGGCCCUCCAUUGUCCUCCCUCUCUUCGGCUCCGGCUUUCUCCUGGGCCCUACCCUCGACGGGAUCCACUCCAGGGUCUCCCUCCUCGUUUAUCAAAACGGCGCCAUUGACGUAGGCCCUCUCCACACCAACAUAUGGGUACUCCAAUCUCUCUCUCUCUCUCUCUCUCUCUCUCUCUCUCUCUCGCUCUACUGGGUAGAUUCUGAGCCGUGGGCUUGCACGGGAUGGUCAGGUACCCUUCCUGCUGGGGACAUUCUACACCACAUUCGGGCUUCUGCGGAUCUAUCUGGACGAGAGGGCCUCCGGAAUCCCCGAGGGAAGCUCUGGGAGAACUGCUUCUUCGCUGAUGUGAGUCGUCCUCUUCCCCAUUCUCGACAUGAUCCUCAAGAAUUCCGCUCCCACACUGAAAAGAGCCAUUGAAAAGCUUCUACUUCAAGGAAAUGGCAGGCUCAUCAUCCCCAUUCUUCCCCUCUCACAGAGCUUUGGCGGCGUUCUUGGAACUGAGCGCCGAACUGUACCGAAUCGGGGUGGCCGAUAAUGUCGAGGCCUACAUCCUCUUCGCCCUGGCGGAGCUCGCCUGGUUCUUCCUCGACGGCACCUGGCUGGGCUUCGCCAUCGCCUCCAUCGUCGGCAUCCUCUGCCCUCUCGCCGAGAUUCCACUCAUCAAGUAAGUGAGAAAACCUCCAAACUCCGCUGUCUACCACCUCUGAUAUAGUCGUUUCUUCAGACUGCUCCACCUGUGGACCUACCCUAACGCCAACAUCCAGAUCUUCGGCGAGGUACGCCUGCUCCUGCGAUGACGGAUUCUCCCAUUUCUUGAACAAUCGGGCGGAUUUUCUCCACGAAAACCUUCUCCUCACCGCGUGAUUUUCAGGGGUUGGUGACAUGGACGGCCACCUGCUAUUUCGUGUACACGCUAUUCCUCACGAAUUUGUCCCGGCUGAUCAGAACGGCUGUGGCUGGUGACGAUGACGCAGACGAGUGA